CUCUCCUCGGCGCGCUGCACCGCACCUGGCCGCGCACGCCGCGCUCGCCAGAAGAAGCGGUGGAGAUAUCUCCUGAGGCACGCUCGCUCGAUCGGUGCUCGGUGCUCGUGGCUCGUGGCUCGUCGCUCCGGGCGCGCGCGCGCGAUGGCCGCGCCGGGCUUUCCUCCCGGCUUUGGCGCUCCAGUGUCCGGGACGGGCAAAAUCGCGUACCCAAAGCACUUUUGCCGCAAGACGGUCGACUACUCUGCCUGCACCGUGCGGAUGCUCAAGGAGCGCACGCUCUGCCCCGAGCGCGAGGCCUCGCCGUACACGCUCGACGCAUCGCCAGACGCGGCGGUCGAGAUGCUCCCGCCGAACGGGACGCUCUCCAACGCGGCGGCGUCGGCGUGCACGCGGUUCGUGCACUCUGCGCUCAACAAGGACCGCUCCUCCGUCAACGCCGGCUGCUGGAUGCCCGACGGGCGCAGGCUCAUCACCGCGAGCUACAACGGCAUGUUUACUCUCUGGUCGGGCUUCUCGUUCAACUUUGAGGCGACGCAGCAGGCGCACGACGAGCCCCUAUUCUCGCUCUGCUGGUCGCGCGGAGGCGAGUGGCUGCUGUCGGGUGACGGAGCAGGGACGGUCAAGUACUGGCAGACCACCCUCAACAACGUCAAGGAGGUGUCGCCGCACGCGGGCGCGGUGCGCGCCAUCUCGUUUUGCCCGACCGACACUUACUUCGCGACUGGCUCAGACGACGGCACAGUCAAGGUGCUCGACUUCGAGAGGGGCACCACCGUGCGGCUGAUGCCUGGCGCCGGCCUCGAGGCGGGCAAGUCGCACCGGUGGGACGUCAAGCACGUCGAGUGGCACCCCGACAAGGCGAUGCUCGCCUCCGCCUCCAAGGACGGCUCCUCAAAGCUGUGGGACCCGCGCGCGCCGCGCGAGGCCGCGACGCUGCACCAGCACAAGGGGCCGGUGACGCAGGUGCGGUGGCACCCCGCGGGCCGCUACCUGCUCUCCGGAUCAAAGGACCAGCUGACCCGGCUCUCCGACGAGGCCGCCGCCUUCAAGGGGCACAAGCGCGAGGUCUCCGCCCUCUCGUGGCACCCGGUGCACGCGGAGCUCUUCGCCUCCGGAUGCCACGGCGGCGCGGUCCACUUUUGGUCCACGACGCGGCCCGAGGAGCCGCUCUCCUCCUGCCACGGGCACGGCCACGCGUCGAACGCGCACGACUCGGCCGUGUGGGGCGUGGAGUGGCACCCACUUGGCCACUUGCUCGCCUCCUUCUCGCAGGACAUGCACACCAAGUUCUGGAGCCGCGCUCGGCCGGGCGAGCCCAGAACUGCCCCCCGGGACGAGGAGGAGGCGACGGAGCGAUGCGGCCUGAGGGACAGUAACUCUCCUCUGCUUCUGCUACGUUAA